ACCAUCAGCUCGAACGUUUCUCUCUAAAAAUGACAUUAGCCAUAUAUAGUUUCAAAGUAAUUCGAGUAACCAUUUCGUAUAUUUCAUUUUUGUAAAAGCCUUUGUAACGCUCGUAUCUCCCAACGCAAAUUUUAUUCGUCAAAAAUAAUAAAAGGAAAAAAAUUGAACAAAUCGGUUUCGGUUUUCGAGCUACCACAUCAUCGUCAUGGACAUUGAAAAGUUGAAGAAAAUGGAAGACGCUGUACGCAUCGGCGGCAAGGGCUCAGUCCGCCGUAAGCACAAGCACAUCCAGAUCUCCUCCAAUGUGGAGGAGAAGCGUCUGCAGGCCACACUGGGCAAGCUAUCGCUGAAUCAGAUGCAGGGCAUCCAGCAGGUUAGCGUCCAGAUGAACGACGGUAACGAGAUCAUCGUCCGUUCGCCCAAGGUCCAGGGCUCUGUGGUCAGCAAUCUGUUUGUGUUCACCGGUGACGUGGUGCGCGUCCCAAGCGCCGCCAAGAAGGAGGCCGAGGCAGCUGCUGCUGCCGCCGCCGAUGCUGCCGCUGCAGCUGAACAGGCCGCCCAGGCCGAGAAGAUGCGUCGCCAGGUGCAGGGCGCCAAUGGCAAGAAGGUUAAGAAGCCGCGCAACCGCAUUCGUUGCCGCAACAAGUGCGCCCAGAUGCAAAAGCAUUUGGGAGAGGCCGGGGACUCGGUAGCCCAGCCGGCUGAUGAGGUGGCGGCUGAUCCGCCUGCUGAAUCCGAGGACCGUCAGGGUGGCGGUGAUGUUGUUGGGCCCAAGGAGCCCAUUGACCCCGUUGAUCCCAUUGACCCCGUUGACGAUAUCACUUCAGCUCAGAGCCAGACUCCACCGUCGCAGGAAGUCACCGAAGACGGCAAUCUCAGUGCCGACUCGGACAAGACCCAUGUGCCCUCGGAUAGCUCCGACAUGGACCAGACCAUCGUGGGCGAUAACGAGUCCCUGGCUGGGGAUAGCGUCACCGAUCUCUACGACGAGGAGGCUGCUUACAAUCAGCAUGUGAACUUCAACUAUGACAAUUAUAGCGAUGAUGAUGACGACGCUGUGACCGUUUACUACAAUAGCAUCAACCACGUUGACGAAGUGGCCAUUUAUGAACAUUAUAACCCUAUUGACGACCCGAACCUCAGCUGUGAGAAUUUGGAGAUCAACCUGGAGAACCUAGACGCUAGCUUUGAAGAUGUCAGCUUGAACGACGACGAUGAGCCUUCUGACAAUGAGUAUGAGGCCUUGGAGGAGCAGUAUGAGGCCUUGGAGGCACAGUAUGGAAGUUAUGAUGAUAUCGAUGAUGCUUUGGCAGCUCAGUAUGAGGCUAUGGAGGCUGAGGAUGAUGAUGAUCUGGAUGGGGAGUAUACCGAUGAAGCCUAUACCGAUCAGUUGACUCAAGGGAGCGAGAUGGAGUCCAAAGAUGAGGCAACCGAAGAUGAUGCCGAAGCUGGCGCUGAAAACGAAGACGACGGCUCCCAGGAGACUGAAAAGGCUCUCAAAAUGGAUACAUCCAACGAGGACAAAGAUGAAGCCGAGUCUGAGGAACAAAGCCCCAAUCAGUUUUCGUUCGAGGCCGAUGUCGAUGUCGAUGUCGAGAAUAACACUUCGGAAGAUAACAUCACACAGUUCGAGUUCACUGGCAAUUCUGAGGAUGAUCUUUCCGCACAGUUAGUGUUCCAGGCCAACUCUGAGGAUGAAAUCCCAGCACAGUUCAUGUUCCAGGCCAACGUUGAAGAAGAAGUACUCGCCAAUCAGUUUGUGUUUGAGGCCGAUAUGAACGCCAACAACUCUGAGGAAGAAAAUGGCAUACAGUUUGUGUUCGAGGCCGACGAUCAGCUCCCACCAAACGAGCAGGAGAAUCGCCAGGAGAAUUAAAGAGAUUGUUAAAUUAUAGUUGCGGUAGCGGAUUCUUUGAUCCCGAUCCAAUCCGCCACCGCCCGCACAUUUCGAUGAAUCUAUCCCUAUCCCCAUUUCGGCCAUUUGUAUCUGAAUUCAAGCUCUUUCCACCAUCUGUUUAAAUUUUCAACGAGUUUGUCAAGUUUGAAUGUCUCAUUUGCAUCGAUAAGUGGCAGGUCUUAUCAAUAAUGAUGGAAGGUACGAGUAAAUGCUAAUUAAAGCGCUACUUAUCGAUAUUAAA